AUGGAGAACGGAUCGCCGAGAUGGGGUUUUCGAGGGAACGACGAGUUGAACAUGGCCUCGGAGAUCACAAUCAGAGGUAUGCUCAACUUGUUGAUGAGAAAUCUCAACGAAGCAGACCACAGAACCACCAUUCCUCUCGGCCACGGCGACCCCUCGGUGUUUCCGUGCUUCCGAACCACUUCCGUAGCCGAAGACGCUAUCGCCGACGCCCUCCGGUCGGGGAAGUUCAACGGUUAUUCUUCUACUGUCGGUAUUCUUCCGGCGAGGAG